ACGCAUCGAUGCGUAUCGCCAGGCGGACGGGCGCGGGAACUGCACGAGAGCGUGUGCAGGUGGCCAUAGGCCGGAGCGCUCGCGGCUUUAAUUGCUUUUAAACUGUUUUUCCCAGCAGAGCGUCGGUUCUGUUGAGCGGUGUGACGGUGGCCUGGCUGCGCGGGGGAACAACCCUGACCUCUGAACGCAAACUACUGUUGACUCCAAAUUUCCUAACUUUGGAAAUCUGCCCUGAAUAAUUAUUAACUACUUCUGUCUGGAGCUGGGAUUUUGUUCCAAUCCACAGAGGAACUUUGUUAUUCCUGACAAAAUGUGUGUGAAGUAUCUGGGAUUUGUGCUUCUGGCUUGGCUUCCUGGCUUUCUGCAUGCUCAAAAUCUUUGUAAUCCUCCUGAGCUCCCUCAUGGCUAUUUUGUCCCACAGCAAGAAAAAUAUGAUCAAGGACAAACGUUGACUUAUAGCUGUGACACUGGAUUCAAGCCGGUGGUGGAGGGCUGGUGGGCAACAAGCACAUGCCAGAACGGUGAAUGGACUCAUACCCCUCAGUGUAUAGAUAGUAGCUCCUGUUUUCCACCUGCUAUUGAAAAUGCGAAGUACGAAGAAGCGCAAAGGGGUUCGUAUAACAACGACGACACGAUCAAGGUCGCCUGUGAAGACGGGUUUGUCAUGAAAUCCCACUCCAACCGAAUUCAAUGCUCAAAUGGAGGAUGGCAUCCCCUGCUUGUUUGUGAGAGAAGCGAUAAUGCAUGUGAUGUGCCUGGUAAAAUCCCCCAUGCAGUUAUCAUCAAUCAGGAACCCAAGGAGGUUUACGGCCAUAACACUCAGCUGGAGUAUCAGUGUGAAAAUGGAUACACUACAGGUCAAGCACAUAACCAAAGAACUAUUACUUGCCAAUAUGGAGCCUGGACUGGAGCACAGCCAUGCACACCUUCUACUGGACCCGGAUCAACCAACACUCAUCCUACUGUUACAUCCAGUUCCUGUGUGUUGGAUCUGAGUAGAUUGAAUAUUGGUCAAACUAUACAGAUCAACAUGGAGGAUAGAGAGACAAAGACGAUUGAAUGUACAAAGUGGAAAGAACACUGGAUGUAUGCAAAGUGCUCUAAUGGAAAAAUAGAAGCAACCAGUUGUUGCAGCAGGUACACCAUUGAUCAAAACCGUUGCUGGUUUAACUCGAUGCAGUAACAUUUCCCUGCUUUGGAUUCAUCCACCGCAAGCAGAGAAGGAAGUGACAUCAGAGAUACUUCUGACAGAAACAGAAGUAUCUCUGGAAGGAAACUUUUUCUUUUUUUUAGUUAAUUUCUGUUGAUUGUUGGUUGACAGCAACUAUAAAAUGCUUGACUUUGUCUAAAAAUAAAAUGUUUCGACAACCUUCA